AUGAGCAGCCAGGGUCUCAAGCGCUCUGCGACAGACUCGGAGAUUUCACAACCACCUGCCAAGCGAGAACGACGGCGAAAGUACACUGAGCGGCCUACAUGGGCACGUUUACAUCCAUCUAAUCCGCGACUGCGAGUUCCAGGAGUAAUGCCGAACGGCCCAGACAUUCGCGCUCAACCUCACCAGCUUCCAAACAACCGGGUGGGCACAAAUGGUGCACCUCAAGUUCAAUCCGCGCAGCAAGUGAAUGGGCAGCAGCCACAGCCACCUGUGCAAGGUGCUCCAGCUGUCAAUAACAUUGCCCCUUGGCUUGAGAACCCUCCCAUUGACCACGACAUGCUACGCAUGCGGAGACUUCUCGGUGCUUGGGAGAAGACGAUCAAAUGGACCACGCCUCUCCCUUCGCUCACAAAAGCUGUGACCGAUUGGCUAGUGCAGCAACUCCUAAAUUGCCAAGACGUUGCGCAAGAUCCAAAGGAAGGUCAAAUCGAGAUCGAAGCCAAAGUUGGACGACUAUACAAUCAGCAGACUGGCCAGAGAUUCACGCUACCAGUUAUGAACAUGGUCGUGGUAUCACCAGCUUAUGCCGAUGUAAAUUGCACGUUCCAGAGCGAAAUGCAAGAGCACGAGCACAAAGCGAUGAACGAAUUCCUUAAUAGAGAAGUGCGGGAAACACACGAGAAGCCUGGCCGCCAGAAGCUAUUGUACGAACGCCUCGAAGAAACCGACACUUUCGCAAGACUGUCCAAGAUUGGAAUCGGCGCUUUGCCGGAACCUGUCCAAAGACGUCAGACUCAACGCGAUCCCAAAUUACGCACAACAACAGAGGCCAACCCGAAGACAAAUCGAGUGGGCCAGGUCAAAGCGCGAAUCAUCAAAGUCAAGUUGGCAGACCUACAUAUCUAUAACCCCAGUGCAGAUUAUGAUCUCCGCAUAACGAUGAACGUGGAAUGCAAUCUCAUGCGGUCUGACCUGGAUCCAAGUGCUUUGGUGGAAGAAGCUACACCUGACAAGCCCACUCAACCUGCAAGAAACAAGAAUCGAUUGUCGUACAAGCAUCUCAAUGGCCUUUACCAAAUUGACCUGACGAGGGUCGAUCAGGUUGGGAUGGCUCCGAAAUAUGAGUUGGAGCUGGAAGUCGACGCUGGGUCUUUAAGGAAGCAGCUGGGGCCGCUUUUACAAGGCGGAGAGUCUGGAUUUACUCAGAUUGUUGAUGGCUUCAUCGACAAUGCUACAUUAUUAAUGGAGCAUCGGCGGGCGGGUCCCUAG